AUUGUUAAGAUGUGUUGAGACUGAUUUAUUCUAACAUUGGUUAAGACUGUUAAAUCAAGAUGUGAAACAGACCUUUUUCUCUAUUUUCUCUAACUGGACCUCUUAGAAUUUAUGUUGAAUACCCCUGAUAUACACCAUAUAAAAUGUCUAUCUUUUCUAUCACAAUGUCAAAACAACAGCUGCCAAACUGCAUUACUGCAAUAUUUACGUCAUUUGGAUGACGGAUGAGGUCCCGGAAGCCUUGUGAGAAACAUGUAUUCAUGAGAUAUAAAUGCAUACAGAUAGAGAGGGAGAGGAGUAAAGAGAGAGGAGCUUGGUGUAAGUCCCCCGGAUGUCUAAGCCUAUAGCAGCAUAACUAGGGGCUGGUCCAAGCCUGAGCCAGCCCUAACUAUAAGCUUUAUCAGAGAGGAAAGUUUUCAGCCUGCUCUUAAAUGUGGAGAGGGUGUCUGCCUCCAGAACACAAACUGGGAACUGGUUCCACAGGAGAAGAACUUGAUAGCUAAAGACUCUGGCUCCCAGUGUACUUUUGGAGACUCUAGGAACCACGAGGAACAAUGCAUUCUGGGAGCGCAGUGUUCAAGUUGGGUUAUAAGGUACUAUGAGAUUUUUAAAAUAAGAUGGAAUCUGACCAAUAAUGGUUUCGUAGGUCAGGAGAAGGAUUUUAAAUUAUAUUCUGUAUUUAACAGUGAGCCAGUGCAGAGCAGCUAAUACAGGAGUAAUAUGAUCCUGUCUCCUAGUUCUUACACUAGGUAGUGGUCAAUACACGAAGGGUAGGAAAUAGUUUUUCUGCAUCAUUUAGAGACAGGAUGUGUCUUAUUUUGGUAAUGUUAUGUAGAUGAAAGAAGGUGAAGGUUGAAAUUUGAAAUUUGUUUUAUGUUGGAGGUAAAUAUUCUGAUCAAAGAUAACGCAGAGUGUUGCUGGAGUCUAAGUUAAUGCCAUCCAGAGUUACUAUGUUAUUAGAAAAUGUGUUUAAGAGGUGUUUCGGGCCAAGUACAAUAACAUCAGUUUAGUCUUUUUUUAACAUCAAGAAGUUGCAGCUCAUCCAAGUUUAUAUGUCCUUAAAGUAUGCUUGAAGUUUAGUUAAAUAUUUAUUUGAUUUCUGUCAUCUAGGAAAAAUUAGGUUUUAUUGUAUUGUCGUGUCUCUGCAGGAGACUCCAGGUCUCUGCCCAGGCAUGGCACUAAAGACAGAAACAGCCAGUCCAGUCCAGUUUCAAGCAGGAUGGGGAGGUCGUCUGUCAGCCCAACCAUGAUGCUGUCCGGAGGAGGAGAAUCAAAGUCAGUGUUUAAACUUGGCCGUUCGGCAUCGACGUCAGGAGUUCCUUCACCAGGAGGGACACCACAACGUCACCUUCAUGAUCCGCAUCACCCCGCCUUUAGCCAGAUGCCGUGGCUCUGCGGAGACGCCACCAUGAUGGAGAUGAUUGAGAGGAAAAGGGUUUUGUGUCGAGAGAUUAAAGCUCGUCAGCGUCCAGAGAAGAAUCUGUGUAAACAGGACAGCAUGCCCAUCCUGCCCAGCUGGAAGAGGAAGCAGCCACCGCCAUACUCUGCUCCCCCCACCGCCGCCGGACAGACCAGCACCACGGUGUUCUGGGACACGGCCAUCUGACACACCGACAGAGACACAACACACACUGACUACGUUUAUAUGCACAAAAUAUUAUGGUUUGGAACUUGUAAAAACACGAUACACCCUUUAUAUAACUUACUUUCCUCCUUUCCUGCAGUUAUGCUGCUCCUGAGAACCCUCGCUGUCACUAACUGAGCCUCAUAUUGUAAACGUGUCCUAAGCUCCUGAAACUGGAAUAAUAAUGAUAUAAUUAUAAUAGUGAAAUAUUAGUGUGCAGUCGCGCUGCUAGUUCAUGUUUUUUUUCUUGCUGGUUUUCUCAUUGUUUGAUUGACAGUAUUACUGCCGUCUAUAAAUAUGACUUUAUUUUAUAUGAACGGAAUUUUUACCUUUUGAUUAUUAAUUAAGCUGUCAUGUGACGCCUUUAAAAUAAAAAGAUACACAGAAGUAAUAUUAUGUUUACACGUUUAUAGUCAGAUAAAUCAUGUUGUUUAUAAUUAUCCAUCUAUCAACUAAUACAAUAAAACUAAACGAUUAAUACAUUAAUCAUAAAGUCUGAAUAUGUGACAUUUAUUUAUUAUUACUCUAAUUACAAAUGUCACAUCAACACAGGAAGUGACCUCACGUGGGUCUCGAUCCAGAUGUUCAGAUACUGUCAAAGAAAUAAUGUCAGAAGAUCACCGAACAUCAGUCAAAACAUGAAAAACUUCUACGGCCACAACAACAAUCAACACACACACACACACACACACACACAGGAACACACACACUUGUGCAGGUGUUGUCCUGCUGUCCAAUCAGAGUGCAGGGAUGACCGUGCAGGUGUAGGAGAACUUUCUGUUGUUAUUUUUCUAUCUGAACACUGAAAAAGAUUCGGAUGUUUUUUAAAGUCUGAUAGUCGUGUAGCAGAACUCUUGUAAAAAGAAAAAAAUAUUUAUAAACUCUUCUCUGUGAAGAAAAAAUCUGUCAAUCAAACAUGAUUUUAUAUUUAAAAAAGAAUCUGUGACGCUCGUCUGUGUGUGAAAGAAAAAGUCUGUACGUGAUGAUGUUUUUAUACAAAAAUAAUUUUUAUUAUAAUGACAUUUUUUUAUUUUAAAUGGGAAUAUUUUUGGCAUGUUGUUGGUUUGGUCUCAUCUACUGUCCCAGAAACACAGACCUGACUCCAGUUAACUCCUUAAUGUGUCAAGGUCACCUGAAGGUCACCUGACACCUAAAAGUUACCCGAAGGUCACCUGACACCUAAAAGGUCAUCUGAAAGUCUGAGUUUUAGGGUCAGUGGAUGAAUAACUGUCUGCAGAAAGAAAUGACUUCAUGAAUGCAGUGUAUUGAUCUUUGUGAUGGAUGUGAACGAUUGAUUAGCAUGAUGUCAAAUCAAUGGUAAGACCGAAGCGAAGCAUUCUGGGAUACGGUGGUGAAACCUGUGUAUGUAAAUCAUCUUAAAGCCACGGGAGAUUAAAUGUUUUAAUAUGCACUCAUACACUUCAGAGUUAAACUGAGUCUGACGAUCA